AUGUACGCAUGCUUCGUGCAGGAAAUCACCAUCUUUCCUCCGGUCAGCGUGCCAAUGCCAUCCGUUUGGACGGAGCUUGAAACGCUACUUCCUGAAAAUGAGUGGAUCCUUCCUUGCCUCCGUGUCGUGGACGUCUCUUCGAGGCACCCAUAUCUGGAAAUGAACGCAGGCGACCGGGGGCAGCUUGCGCUGCUCUCACCAAGUGUCCGCGAGGUGACGUUGAUUAUUUCAAAUCCCGACGAGAACAAAGACGAGUUCUGCGACGCAUUCCGCACACGCUGCCCCAACCUGCAAACCGUUUUCACCGAAGUUUCCUGGUGGACAGGCCUACUCUCUCAGCACACGCAACUCAGGACGCUUUGGUUCAGUCAGAUCAUGGGACAAUGCGUCGCAAAGGCAGCCCAGCUGGUCGCCUGGCCUGCCCUCGAGUCGCUUUCCUUCGAAGUGUCGCGGUUCUGCAAGGACCCGCCCCACUUUCCGUUCCGCUUGUCGGCGCUCCGGACGCUCUCUAUCGGCGACAUGUACGGGAACACGUUACCCUUCUUCACCCACAUGCAGCUCCCUGCCCUCCGCACGCUCUCCUACGAGUUCGACCCGUCCAAAUUCCUCAUCGGGGCGCAUGCUCCUCUCGGCGCCCUCGCUGCUGCAUACCCACACCUCUCCACGCUCAAUCUGUUCGUGGUCCACAGCAGGCACAUAUUCGCCAACACCCCACUCAGCACGCCGGAGUGCCUGCUCCUCCGCGACCUCCUGCGCCCGCUCACACCCAUCCGAGACCUUCGCGCUCUGCUUAUAUACGUGGGAGGCCACCUAUUGCUCUACGGCCCCAAGGACCUCCGAGCGAUUGCCGCCGCGUGGCCCGCGCUCUUAGAGCUCAAGAUCGGGGCCACAUCGCAACCAGAGCUUGCUAGUACACGAUAUGAGGGAGAUUUAGAGGAGGAGGAGGUGACGCGGGACGCGCUCGCAGAGCUGGCGCGCGCGAUGCCCGACCUGUGUUCGCUGCGCGUCGCGGGGAUCGCGCUGGACUGGAGGGAGCUAGAGUUCGCACGUUACGGGGCGUAA